UGGGCAGACGCUGCCUCAGUUUCGUUUCUGUGCAGACACAAACACAAACAGAUCUAUGACAGAAAACAGAUUAUAACUCAUCAUAACCAUCAUCUGAAGCUGAAAACGGCAUCUACCUCACAAACCUCAAACAAGCUGAAAUGUUCCGGCACGGUGGAACCCCAAAGUCAAAAAUGACUGCGUCUAAACAGACUCUGAAAGCUAAAGGGCUCAAAGACAUCAGGAUUGAUGAAGAGGUUAAAAUCGCUGUCAAUAUCUCUCUGGAAAGAUUCCUACACAGUGAUGAGAAAGAGUUGGAUUUUCCUUCUUCGCUGACUAAUACCGAGCGAGCGUUCAUACACCGGCUUGCUCAAUCUCUGGGGUACAUUUCCAAAAGCCGAGGAAAAGGCAAUAGUCGAUAUCUCACGGUGAGAAAGAAAGAUGGGACCGAGAUGGCUCGCUCUGUCAUGACCUGUGACCUCACUUACAACUCCAAACACGUGGUAGGAAACCUUCUGCAUAGAUUCCCCAUCAGCAGUAAGGAGCGCACAGAACUGCUGCCACGAACAGAGAGAAACACCUCUUCAGACACGGGUGAUGGUAAGAGCAGAACCAGCGGUCGUCUGAGUCACGGUAUUUCUCAGGUUCCUCAGAAACGCGGCCCGUCUGAACUGGAUGGUUUUCGGAGAGCGCUGCCUGUGUAUGAGCGACAGAAUGAGAUUGUACAGACCAUCAAGGAGAACCAGGUUGUGCUGGUUUUGGGUGAAACUGGGUCAGGUAAAACCACACAGAUCCCCCAGUUUCUUCUGGAUGACUGCAGCCGGAAUGAAAUUCCCUGUCGGAUCUUCUGCACUCAGCCCAGGAGACUGGCGACCAUUGCUGUAGCGGAGCGAGUGGCGGCUGAACGCGGGGAGAAGAUCGGACAAACCGUCGGUUAUCAGAUCCGCCUGGAGAGCAGGGUUUCCCCCAAAACCCUCCUGACGUUCUGCACCAGUGGAGUGUUGCUGAGAACACUGAUGGCCGGAGACGACGCCCUAUCCACCGUCACACACGUUAUUGUGGACGAGGUUCACGAGCGUGACGGUCUGACGGAUUUUUUACUCACUAAGCUGAAGGACGUUCUUAAUAAGAUGCCCUCAAUGAAACUCAUCCUGUCCAGCGCCGCUCUGGAUGUCAGUCUCUUCGUUAGAUACUUUAAAGCACCUCCUGUUGUUUACAUCAAAGGUUGCCCUUUUGAUGUCAAGCAGCUCUUCCUUGAAGAUAUCCUAAGGACAACAGGCUAUGCAAACAAAGAGAUGAUGAAAUACAAGAAGGAGGUGCAGAGAGAGGCGAAGCAGCAGAUGUCUUUGACAGAAUGGUGUGACGCCCGUCCGACGGUCUUACAGCGCGAGUGUCCGAGGGAAAAGCCGUCCACCUGUGUCCUACAGGACAGUGAUCUCCUGGAUGAUGGAGGGGACAGUGUCUUCAGCCAGCUGAGCGAAAAAGACGUGGCCACACUAGAGCCCUGGCUGCUCAGGGAAAUGGACACCUGCAUCUCCGAGAUUUUCUUGAAGCAAGAUGCGGACACCUUCGUGCAACUCUUCAAUCUCAUCCUGAACGAAAACAUCAGCGUGGACUACAGACACAGCGAGACCAGUGCCACUCCUCUGAUGGUGGCCGCAGGAAGAGGCUUUCUCAGUCAGAUGGAGCAGCUCUUAAGUAUGGGUGCCAACGUCAACAUCAAAGCCUCAAACGGCUGGACGGCUCUCGACUGGGCCAAACAUUUCAAUCAAUCGGAGGCUGUAGAUCUCCUGGAGUCUCACAUGGGGUGUGUUGAAGCGGGUCAGCCGGACGAGUCGUCUCUGGAUCAGACAGCUGGUUCUGAUCUGAGCUCGGAAGACCAGGAGCUGCUCAAAGCGUAUCAUCACAGCUUUGAUGAUGAGAGAGUCGACCUGGACCUCAUCUUACAUCUGCUCUUCAACAUUUGCCAGAGCUCCAAUGAGGGCGCGGUAUUGAUAUUCCUGCCGGGCUAUGAUGAGAUUGUCUCUUUAAGAGACCGCAUCAUUUUUGACGAUAAAAGAUUUACAGAAUACCAGCAAAGGUUGCAGGUGUUCAUUCUGCACUCAAGCAUGCAAACAUCCGAUCAGAAGAAAGUUCUGAAUAAUACUCCUAAAGGUGUUCGCAAAGUAAUUCUCUCCACUAACAUCGCAGAAACCAGCAUCACGGUCAAUGAUGUGGUGUUUGUUAUUGACUCUGGAAAAGUUAAAGAGAAGGCCUAUGAUGCUCUCAAUAAUGUGACCAUGCUGAAGAUGGUUUGGAUAUCGAAGGCAAGCGCUUUGCAAAGAAAGGGCAGAGCGGGUCGCUGUAGACCAGGCAUCAGUUUCCACCUCUUCAGCCGGCUGAGAUUCAAGAACAUGCUGGAACAUCAGGUUCCUCAGCUGCUCCGUAUGCCACUGCAGGAGCUCUGUCUGCAUACUAAACUUCUGGCUCCCAUCACCUGCUCCAUCGCUGAGUUUCUGUCCAAAGCACCUGAACCUCCACACCUACACGCAGUUAAAAACGCUGUACAGAUGCUCAAGACCAUCGAUGCCAUGGACCCCUGGGAGGACCUGACUGAGUUGGGUUAUCACCUCGCUGACCUGCCCGUGGAGCCUCAUCUGGGGAAGAUGGUGCUGUGUGCCGUGGUUCUGAAGUGUCUGGAUCCCAUCCUCACCAUCGCCUGCACGCUGGCCCACAGAGAUCCGUUUGUGUUGCCCACGCAGGCCUCUCAGAAGCGACUGGCCAUGCUGUGCAGGAAACGCUUUUGUGCCAACACUUUCAGCGACCACAUGGCUCUGCUCAGAGCAUUUCAGGCUUGGCAGAAGGCACGCAGUGAUGGAUGGGAAAGAGCUUUCUGUGAGAAGAACUUCCUCUCUCAGGCCACCAUGGAGAUCAUCGUAGGGAUGAGAGCACAGCUCCUGGGUCAGCUGCGAGCUACAGGUUUCGUACGAGCACGAGGAGGCGGAGACAUUCGCGAUGUUAAUCUGAACUCUGAGAACUGGGCCAUAGUAAAGGCCGCGCUGGUCGCCGGUAUGUAUCCCAACCUGAUCCACGUGAACCGCGAAAACCUGACCCUCAUGGGAUUCAAAGAGAAGAAUGUCCGAUUUCAUCCGACCUCUGUCCUGAGUCAGCCGCAGUACAAGAAGAUUCCUCCAGCCAAUGGUCAGGCAGCAGCAGUGGAGUCCCUGCCCACCGAUUGGCUGAUUUAUGAUGAGAUGACCCGAGCUCAUAGGAUCGCCAGCAUCAAGUGCUGCUCCGCUGUCACACCUCUGACCUUGGCCUUAUUUGGAGGAUGUGCGAGACUCCCGAGCACAGCGUUACAGGAGCCCACAGCUUACGAUGGAGCAGGUGAUGGUGUGAAUGAAAGCAGUGACAGUGAGAUGGAGGAUCGGUCAGGUGCUCAUCUUACCAGCAUCAAGAUUGACGAGUGGGUGAACUUUAAUCUGGAUCAGGAGACGGCCAAGCUGGUGUUCGGCCUUAGACAGCGAUGGCAGAGUUUGUUUUUGAGGAGGAUUCGAGCUCCGUCUAAGGCCAGUUCUCAGCUGGACGAGGCCACCAUCCGAACGCUGGUGUCGGUGCUGUCGGCCGAAGAACAGACGGCGGGUCUUCAGCAGCCCACCGGCAUCGGACAGAGACCUCGACCCAUGAACUCUGACGACAGCCCGCAGAGCUCAUCCUGGAAGAGCGGCAGCGCAGGUCGAAGGAGCGCAGCGGAUCUACAGCAGGGCGCUGGCGAGCUGAGCAGCCCGGACAGAUCGCCUCGUCUGACCUCUCACGUGUCUCAAGCAAAACCUCACAGAGAGAAAACCCAUCAGUCGAAGCGUCUGGGAGAGGAACACUUGCCCUUUAAAAGUGCGAGCAGCCCGUUGCUCAACAGCCCCUCUGCAGGCCUCUUGUCCUCUGGAAAGUGCUCGUCGCCGAGACAGACGCGAGCGUGUCUGAGAUACUUCAUCAUGAAGAGCAGCAAUAUGAAGAACAUUGAGCUGUCUCAGAAGAAAGGCAUCUGGUCCACCACACCAAACAAUGAACAGAAACUGAACCGAGCCUUCUUGGAGAGCAGCGCUGUUUUCCUCAUCUUCUCCGUACAGGGAUCUGGACACUUCCAGGGUUAUGCCCGCAUGACAUCCGAGAUCAGCAGUGAGAGAUGUCUGGACUGGGGUUCAGCCGGUUUAGGAGGCGUGUUCAGUGUGGAGUGGGUUCGUAAAGAGAUUCUUCCCUUCCAACACACACAGCAACUCUUGAACCCGUGGAACGAUAACAAGAAGGUUCAGAUCAGCCGAGAUGGACAGGAGUUGGAGUCUCAGACUGGAAGUCAACUGCUGGAGCUAUGGGACAAAAUCACUUCAAAACAUCUGCCGGAGGUCUAAGGACAAUUCAAGCACGUUUACCUCAUGAAUGUUAGAAAGGAAUUAUUUAAAAAAAAACCUUCUCAAUAAUAUUUACCAAAUGAUUAAAGUUACAUGAGCAUCGUUUUAAUUGCUGUGCAAAUGUUUUUUGUCAUCUAUGAUGGCUUUGCACUUGUUCAUCGGUUAAUUAUAUUUUAAAUGUAAAGCUGAUCAGAUCUUUAUUCUUGUACAGGUUAAUAUUUGGUUACUGACCAUAACUUUGACUAAAUGUGAAAGAAUGACAUCUAUAACACUCAUACUUUAUUCUUUAAUCCAGUUUAUGAAUGCAUUAAUGUUGAGUCCGUGUUUAUCAGUUUUUGGACCAUGAAUUGAGUUUCAUAUCACGCGUUCAAUGUCGCCGAUGUGAUGCAUGUGCAUUAUUUGCAAUAAAAUGUUUUUGUUCA